ACCGGGACGGAUCACAGUAAUCCGAGUGCGAUUUACAGCAUGUUUCCCAAAUGGAAAAUCUUUCUCGUCAGUUUCGUUCUCACCAACAUCCGCGUGACGUCAACAGCGGAGAACGAAACGGAAACCGAGGAAGGUCGAUUUAUUUUCUGGGGCAGACCCGUGCUGAUUGUUCCUCCGACAUCGCCAACACGUCACCAGCUCAUUUCCGGAAUUGGCGUUCCGUUGUCGGCUCAGGAAUCCGUCACAUUCGGCUGGGUUAUCAAGGCACAGUACUUUCUGCCAACGACGGUCGACGCCCUUAGACCGGUCCUAUGGGAAGGAUGGAACGAUACCAGACGGUCGCUGGAGAAACGCGAAACGGCAACCAUGAUGACUGGUCAGCACUACGAGAACUAUACGGCAACGGAUGUAAAAGUAGAAACGGAACAGUUACCCGACUUGAAGGAAACAGCUGAUGAAGGCGAUGGAUACGACGAUGACUUCGAUGACGGUGACGAAAACUACUGGUUAGAUGAGGAAGAAGAGAAAAGAAUUCAGGAAGUGAACGAAAAGUUUCUUCCUGUUGAUUCCAAACCGCCGGAGAACGGUUAUAAUGCCGAGCUGUCUCGUUGGACUACUUAUAAAAUGAUGGAGAAAGCAGGAGAAAAUUACGGAUUCGGAGGGCGCGCCUGUAUGCUGCGCAGUAUAUGCGAAGCUGCAGCAGCGGAAUUCACCCAUACCGGAGGAGUGUUUGCAGAACUGUUCCAUAUUGUGUUUACACCAUCAACAACAGCGGAACCAAUGUCGGACCAUGGUGAUAACGAGUAUUAUCGAGCUGAACAACUAGGACGAGAAGGCGCCCCCUGCGAACAGGUGUAUCAUGAGUGUAAAAACACAAUUCUGGAUGUUUUCACCGGGGUUCAUGAUCCAGUUAGUAAUGUUUUAAACGUGGCACAUGACAAGUUCCGGCAAGCGAUGAAGAAGUAGCUUGUCCGGUAGAAAUCAAUGUCUUGCGACAACAAAAUGAACUAUUUCACGCGACCUUCUGGAAAUGGUUUCCUUGAGCAGAUGAAAUUGUCGUACAACUUGUCAAAAAAGAUGCUUUGAUAGGAAAAUUCAGAUUGAUCUCAAUCAGGCCCGUACCCAGGAUUUCGUUUCGGGAGGGGCCUAAAGAUAAAAAA